CGUAAAAAAGAAGAAAAAAAAAAGAGAUUUUUUUUUUGAAGUGUUGAUUGUGAUCGAAAAAAUUUUAUAAACAAAAGAAAAAUUCAUGAAAUUAAAAAUAUAAUUGGAAAAAAAUUUAUUUAAUUAAUUUUAAGGGAUAUAUACAUUAAUUUAUUAAUAUAAGAUACUUUUAGUCGCCAAAAAAAAAUUUUUUAGUGCAUAUUUGUAUUAGUACAAUGGCUGCCAGCCAGAAGUUGUAAACCCAUGUAUAAAAAGUAAAGAAAAAAAAAUUCAAAUUUCUACAAAAAAAAGUUUAUUUUCUCAAUUUAAAUUUAAUUUGAAAUGAAAAAGAAGAAAUCAUUUAUUAUUUUUAAAGUAAAAUAAAAAUAAUCAGAAGAAAAUAGAGUAAGGAGAAAGAUUACCCACCACAAUCCCAUAAAUUUAGGGUAAAUCCUCCCUCAUCACAUCCCACAACAAAUCACCUUCAUUCACAAAAUUUUCAUAAAAUGGAUACAGAUGACGUUGAAUCAUCAAGUACAAGCACAAUGUCAACACUUGGUACAUUAUUUUCAUUUACAAGUCCAGCUGUAAAAAAAUUACUCGGAUGGAAACAGGGUGAUGAAGAAGAAAAAUGGGCAGAAAAAGCCGUUGAUAGUUUGGUGAAAAAAUUGAAAAAGCGUAAAGGUGCAAUAGAAGAAUUAGAACGUGCAUUAUCUUGUCCUGGUCAACCAUCAAAAUGUGUUACAAUUCCACGAUCAUUAGAUGGUCGUUUACAAGUAUCUCAUCGUAAAGGUUUACCUCAUGUUAUAUAUUGUCGUGUAUGGAGAUGGCCAGAUUUACAAUCACAUCAUGAACUAAAGCCAUUGGAUACAUGUCAAUUUCCAUUUAGUUCAAAACAAAAAGAAGUUUGCAUAAAUCCCUACCAUUAUAAACGUGUUGAAAGUCCAGUUUUACCACCAGUUUUAGUUCCACGUCAUUCAGAAUUUGCUCCUGGUCAUUCAUUAUUACAAUUUAAUCAAAUAUCAGAACCAAAUAUGCCACAUAAUGUUAGCUAUUCAACAGCUGGUUUUAAUUCACAUUUAUCACCAAAUAGUCCUGGUGCAAUGACAUCAUCUGGUAUUGGUAGUCCUGGUUCAGUUGUUAGUUCAAAUCCAACAUCACCAUAUGGUAGUUUAGCUGAAACACCACCACCAGCAUAUAGUCCAUCUGAAGAUGGUAAUGCUAAUAAUCAAACAGGUAAUGGUAAUCCACCAGAUGCAAGUCAAAUGGAUGUUGGACAAAUGGGUGAGGUAGCUCAAGUUAGUUAUUCAGAACCAUUAUUUUGGGCUAGUAUUGCAUAUUAUGAAUUAAAUUGUCGUGUUGGUGAAGUAUUCCAUUGCAGUAAUAAUUCAGUUAUUGUUGAUGGUUUUACGAAUCCAUCAAAUAAUUCAGAUCGUUUCUGUUUGGGACAAUUAAGUAAUGUAAAUCGAAAUAGUACGAUUGAAAAUACAAGACGGCAUAUUGGCAAAGGUGUUCAUUUAUAUUAUGUUGCUGGUGAAGUUUAUGCUGAAUGUUUAUCAGAUUCAGCAAUAUUUGUACAAUCUCGUAAUUGUAAUCAUCAUCAUGGUUUUCAUCCAAGUACCGUAUGUAAAAUUCCUCCUGGAUGUUCAUUAAAAAUAUUUAAUAAUCAAGAAUUUGCUCAAUUAUUAUCACAAUCAGUUAAUCAUGGUUUUGAAGCUGUUUAUGAAUUAACAAAAAUGUGCACAAUUCGUAUGAGUUUUGUUAAAGGAUGGGGAGCUGAAUAUCAUCGGCAGGAUGUAACAUCAACACCAUGUUGGAUAGAAAUUCAUUUACAUGGUCCAUUACAAUGGUUAGAUAAAGUUUUAACUCAAAUGGGUUCACCACAUAAUGCUAUAAGUUCAGUAUCUUAAAAUAAUAUAUAAUAUAUACAUGUAUAUAUACAA